CCACCAUCGUGUCUCCGAUUCUUUUAUUUCCCGUUUCGCCCUUCGUCAAAGUCUCCUCUUUCCCGUCUUCCUCCCCGUAAAUGCCCUCUUUACUCCUUCACCUCGAUCCUCUCUCCUCUUAGAUAACUGUUGAAGAGGUAGGAGACGACGAAGACGAAGGGGAGAGAUAGAGAGAGAAAGGCCGCCUGAGAUUCGCCAUUGGAGGAGCUCGUUAUGGAGAAUAUGAUGUCGGAGCGAGCCGAGCUCGCGAAGCACUGUAGCUCUCGGAACUGGUCCAAAGCGAUCCGAGUCCUCGACUCGCUCAUCGCCAAACACUGCUCGAUUCAAGACUUAUGCAAUAGAGCCUUUUGUUAUAGUCAAUUGGAGCUUCACAAGCAUGUGAUUAAGGACUGUGACAAGGCUCUUCAGCUUGAACCUUCGCUCCUUCAAGCUUAUAUCCUCAAAGGACAUGCCCUCUCCGCUUUGGGAAGGAAAGAGGAUGCGGUUCUUGUUUUGGGGGAAGGCUAUGAAAGUGCUCUUCGGCAGUCAGCGGAUUUGAGGCAAUUGUUAGAACUAGAAGAACUCCUUAAUGUUGCAAAACAAGAGAUUGGUGGUGCUUUCCAACUUGAAGAUGAUGAAUUUCAGCAAUUGUCCCUUGGCUUACCUAUAGGAUCAUGUGCUAGUGUGGGGUUCGAAGAAACAUUUUGCAAGCAGGAUGAACAUGGUAUCCCAAAUGGGACGUGCAAGAGUGCCGACAAAAUGUCAAGCACGGAAGCUUUUAAAUUAAGAGCAUGUAGCAACGGAGAAUCUUAUGAGUGUUCCAAGGAAUUGGGUGAGCAAUCAAAGAUCAGUAGUGUCUCAAGGGAUGCUUCGACAACAAGUGAAAGAUCUGGUGAUAGUUUUAACUCUUGUACUGGCUCAACUUUUAAAGGAAAAGAGAAUGGAAUAUCUGGUGGAAAAAUCAGUUGUUUGCAGGAUACAUUCCAACCAUGCAAUGGUUCUGGGGUGCAUAAAAAGUUGAGUGAAAAUCCUGAUAAAUUAGUUGGUUCUUCAACCGCUAGCAAAAAAUCGAGCUUCAAACCUGGAUUUCUGAGCAAGUUGAGCAGUAAAGCUGAUAUGCAUUCUGAAGCUGGCGAUGGGUCCAAGAGAAACAAGAAGUACACAAUAGCAAGAAUUUCAAAAACGAAAUCAAUAAGUGUGGAUUUUCGGCUAUCCAGAGGCAUUGCACAGGUGAAUGAGGGAAACUAUGCAUCUGCUAUAUCUGUUUUUGAUCAGAUACUGAGAGAGGAUCCUUGUUACCCUGAAGCACUUAUAGGUAGAGGGACGGCCUAUGCAUUCCAAAGAGAGCUUGAACCUGCUAUUGCUGAUUUUACUAAGGCUAUUCAAUCUAACCCAGCAGCAGGUGAGGCAUGGAAACGGAGAGGCCAGGCCCGUGCUGCUUUAGGGGAAUUUGCUGAGGCUAUUGAAGAUCUAUCUAAAGCACUGGAAUUCGAGCCAGAUUCAGCUGAUAUGUUGCAUGAAAGGGGUAUUGUUAAUUUCAAAUGUAAGGACUUCAAUGCCUCUGUACAAGACCUUUCUUUAUGUUUGAAGCACGAGAAAGAAAACAAAUCGGCAUAUACAUAUUUGGGACUCGCAUUGUGUUCUCUUGGCGAAUAUAAAAAAGCUGAAGAGGCGCAUUUGGAGUCGAUCCAGCUUGAUAAAAGUUAUCUUGAGGCUUGGGUUCAUCUUGCUCAGUUUUAUCAAGAGUUAGCAAACUACAGCAAGGCUUUGGAAUGCCUUGAGCAUGCUCUACAAAUUGACAACAGGUUCUGCAAGGCCUAUCAUUUGCGUGGAUUAGUGUUGCACGGACUAGGUGAACACAGGAAGGCUAUCAAAGAAUUAUCAAUCAGCUUGAGCAUUGAGAACACAAUAGAGUGCCUGUACUUAAGGGGUUCCUGCUAUCAUGCAAUUGGAGAAUUUAGAGAUGCGGUGAAGGACUAUGAUGCUACGGUGGAUGUGGAACUGGAUGCGAUGGAGAAGUUUGUGCUUCAAUGCUUGGCAUUUUAUCAGAAGGAGAUUGCUUUAUACACAGCUUCAAAAGUUAAUAGCGAGUUUCUGUGCUUUGAUAUUGAUGCUGACAUAGAUCCAAUGUUCAAGGAGUAUUGGUGCAAAAGAUUACACCCUAAGAAUGUGUGUGAAAAGGUUUACAGACAACCUCCCUUACGUGAAUCUCUGAAGAAGGGUAAACUGAAAAAGCAAGAUCUUUCAAUAACUAAGCCAAGGACAACUCUUCUUGCUGCUGCUGAUUUAAUUGGCAAGAAGAUUCAGUAUGAUUGCCCUGGAUUUUUACCCAACAGACGUCAGCAUCGAAUGGCAGGAUUGGCUGCAAUCGAGAUCGCCCAGAAGGUUGCAAAAGCUUGGCGCUCUAUGCAAGCAGAAUGGAAACAUUCUAACAAAGGCACCACGAGAAAUGGGAGAAGAAAUCGGAGGAGAGAGAGAAUUAAUAUGCUUAGCCAGAAUAGAGGUGGUGCAGGAUGUAGUACUAGCAGUUCCUCUGAAACGGCAACUGGAUAUGGCACUCUAGAAGAUCGAUCAUCUGGUCGCUUUAUGAUGUCAUGGAAAGAAGUUUAUACCUUGGCCGUCAGGUGGCGACAAAUUUCAGAGCCUUGUGAUCCAGUUGUGUGGGUUAACAAAUUAAGUGAAGAGUUUAAUUCUGGGUUUGGUUCUCAUACCCCGAUGAUACGUGGACAAGCAAAAGUAGCUCGCUAUUUCCCAAAUUACGAAAGGACCCUAAAUCUUGCAAAGACAAUCAUAAAGGACAGACGCAUUGUACACAGCAAGAGAGAUGAUGUCAUUGAUCUAACUAAAGAGGGGAAGAUAGAGAAAAUUAUGCAGGCUGAAACAUGCAUCGAGCUUCACAAAAUCGUUGGUGAGGAUUUCUGGGUGUCUACUUGGUGCAACAGUACAGCAUGCGAGGGGAAGCAACUGGAAGGGACUAGAAUCACUUGCUUGAGAAAAAUAGGAGAGCAUGGGUAUGAUUUCGCCAUCCGAACUCCGUGUACACCUGCAAGGUGGGAUGAUUUUGAUGCUGAGAUGACAUCAGCAUGGGAGGCUUUAUGCAAAGCCUACUGUGGGGAGAACUAUGGUUCAACCGACUUCAAUCUGCUAGAAAACCUGAGAGAUUCUAUCCUAAGGCUGACAUAUUACUGGUACAAUUUUAUGCCGUUAACACGCGGAACAGCGGCAGUAGGGUUUGUAGUAUUACUGGGACUGCUGCUUGCAGCCAACAUGGAGUUCACUGGAAAUAUUCCGAAAGGGGUACAAGUUGACUGGGAAGCCAUACUUAACCUCGAACCAGAGUCAUUUAUCAAUUCGGUCAAGUCUUGGCUUUAUCCGUCUCUUAGAAUCAACACUUCGUGGAAAGAUUACCCGGACGUAUCAUCGACUCUUCCGACCACUGGAUCUGUUGUUGCCGCCCUUAGUUCUUACAAUGACUGAGUGAACAUCGAAUAUGUACGGAACUUUCAGGUAACGAUGAGCUCUCCUCCUAACUAAAUCCUUGUUAACAGACGAGAAAACUGGGCAAAAAAAAAAAGAAUAGUUGGAGGCAAGUGUGUGUGUGUUUUUUUUUUCUUCUGAACUCACAAAUCUUACACAACCCCGAGUUAACUCUCUACACAUGUCUUCUGUACAGUGAUUGCUCUCCUUUUAAGUACAUUUGAUACGACGGUUAUUCUCAAAAAAGACUUUUGGAAUUUGUGUUUACUGGAAAAUGGAUUUUUUGCUUCUAUUGGUUACGAUACGAA